AAUCCUCCCGGGAGCGGAGCAGGCUAGCGAGCUUGCAUCCCGCACCAUCCCCCGGCCCCCGGUCCCGGCCCGCGUCAGACCGAGCUGCCGCCGCCGCCACAGCAGCAGCAGCACUCGGGGAUCCGGGCCCAGCCGGGGCCGCGGGAGGCGGGGGCGCCGGAGCCCUGGAUGUCCCGCAGCGCGGCGGCCAGCGGCGGACCCAGGAGGCCAGAGCAGCAUCUGCCCCCUGCCCCCUGUGGGGCCCUGGGGCCCCCUGAAACCUCCAGGACGGAGCCAGACGGGGCGGGCACUAUGAACAAGCUACGCCAGAGCCUGCGGCGGCGGAAACCAGCCUACGUGCCUGAGGCAUCGCGCCCACACCAAUGGCAGGCGGACGAGGACGCAGUGCGCAAGGGCACGUGCAGCUUCCCGGUCAGGUACCUGGGCCACGUGGAGGUGGAGGAGUCCCGGGGGAUGCACGUGUGUGAAGAUGCUGUGAAGAAGUUGAAGGCGAUGGGCCGGAAGUCUGUGAAGUCUGUCCUGUGGGUGUCAGCCGAUGGGCUGCGGGUGGUGGAUGACAAGACCAAGGACCUGCUGGUAGACCAAACCAUCGAAAAGGUCUCCUUCUGUGCUCCUGACCGCAACCUGGACAAGGCUUUCUCCUAUAUCUGCCGUGAUGGGACCACCCGCCGCUGGAUCUGCCACUGUUUCCUGGCGCUCAAGGACUCCGGCGAGAGGCUGAGCCACGCAGUGGGGUGUGCGUUUGCGGCCUGCCUAGAGCGGAAACAGCGGCGGGAGAAGGAGUGCGGAGUCACGGCUGCCUUUGACGCCAGCCGCACCAGCUUCGCCCGGGAGGGCUCCUUCCGCCUGUCCGGGGGUGGGCGGCCGGCUGAGCGAGAGGCUGCUGACAAAAAGAAAGAGGCAGCAGCUGCCCCAACUGCGGCUCCUGGCCCUGCCCAGCCUGGGCACGUGUCCCCAACACCGGCCACCACAUCCCCUGGCGAGAAGGGUGAGGCGGGCACCCCAGUGGCUGCAGGCACCACUGCGGCUGCCAUCCCCCGGCGCCAUGCCCCCUUGGAGCAGCUGGUUCGCCAGGGCUCCUUCCGUGGUUUCCCAGCGCUCAGCCAGAAGAACUCACCUUUCAAACGGCAGCUGAGCCUACGGCUGAAUGAGCUGCCAUCCACGCUGCAGCGCCGCACUGACUUCCAAGUGAAGGGCACAGUGCCUGAGAUGGAGCCUCCCAAUGCCAGUGACAGCGACAGCAUCAGUGCCCUGUGUACACAGAUCAGCUCAUCUUUUGCCAGUGCUGGAGCACCAACGCCAGGGCCACCGCCAGCCUCAACAGGGACUUCUGCCUGGGGUGAGCCCUCCGUGCCCCCUGCAGCUGCCUUCCAGCCUGGGCACAAGCGGACCCCUUCGGAGGCCGAGAGGUGGCUGGAGGAGGCGUCCCAGGUGGCAAAAGCGCAGCAGCAACAGGCAGCCUCGGUGCCUGCCGUGCCUCCCGGCCUGCAGCCCUUCCCCGCCCCCAUGGGGCCCUUCGACGCCGCACCUGCCCAGGUGGCCGUGUUCCUGCCGCCUCCACACAUGCAGCCCCCUUUUGUGCCCGCCUACCCGGGCUUGGGCUACCCACCCAUGCCCCGCGUGCCUGUGGUGGGCAUCACACCCUCACAGAUGGUGGCCAACGCUUUCUGCUCAGCCGCCCAGCUCCAGCCCCAGCCUGCCACCCUGAUUGGGAAAGCUGGGGCCUUCCCACCCACUGCAGCACCCAGCGCCCCCGGGGGCCAGGCCCGUCCUCGCCCCAAUGGGGCGCCCUGGCCCCGAGAGCCAGCACCCGCCCCGGCCCCUGAGUUGGACCCCUUUGAGGCCCAGUGGGCAGCGUUAGAAGGCAAACCUGCUGUAGAGAAGCCUUCCAACCCCUUCUCGGGCGACCUGCAGAAGACCUUCGAGAUUGAACUGUAGCCCACCCCAUCAUCUCCUGGAGCCCCACACCUGGGAGUGGAGGCCCAACCUCUCCCCAGUCCUGCUCCCUGGGGCUGCACCCUCCUGACGACCUCUCUAACCCUUCUCUCGACCACCUCCCACAACCAGUACAGAAACGACAUUGUGACGCCCAGGCUGCGAUGGGAUGGAAUUCAGGGACGGACCCAGCCUGGCUAAGGGACCCAUUUCUCUGCCAGACUUAGGCUGGCAUGGCCCCCUCUCCCCGGAACCCAGACACAGGGGGACGGCCACAAUCCCACCGAGUGCCCUCGGUUCAAGCUAUAGUUCCCAAUUUCUGUUGUUGACCUUCUACCUUCCAGCACUGGGUGGGACGGAGGAGGAGGGAUGCCCACCUGGGGGCCCUCCGCGGCCCCAAACGAGUGCCCACCCCAAGUCUGGUCAUUCCCCCCGCCCCCACACACGGCACAAGCAAAGGGCGUUCUUCUGCCCGCCUGCUGCGCUCACUGCCAAUGCUGUGCUCACCCCGACCACCCCUCCCCUCCCCUUGGGGGCCCUCAUGUUCUUUGGGCCAGGGUCUCAUGGGGGUAGGGGGCCAAG